CCAUAUGCUGUGUCGUGGGUCACAAAGUGCAGAGACUAACGGCGAGUUCAGUCGGAGCUUAGGUUUCCUCCUCGGAACAAAUUCAUCGAGGGAUUUAUUGACACGGCGACAAUGGUGAGAGUGGCCACUUUCUUUGGAAUGACUUUUGGCGCCUUUCUCUUCUGGCAAACCAUGGAUAAAGUCCACGUCUGGAUUGCUCUUCACCAGGACGAAAAGAAGGAGAGAAUGGAGAAGGAGGCAGAGAUAAGGAGAAUGCGAGAGGAACUAUAUCAACAGCAGAAAGAGAAGAGCUCUCUUGCUUGAUCUUCAUUUUCAGGAUCAACCACAUGGAUUACCUCAUACCAAGUUUGAGUAUCUUAAAAGUAAGGCAUACAUCUUGUUCAGAAUACAAACUUGAGUUAUUAUUCCUGAAAAUAAAUUUGACUACCAAUUCUAUUUUUAAUUCGCAAUGAAGUAUUUAUUUUAACGAAUUUCGAGUGUUUAUAUGUGAAAUAAUUUUCCAUCAUGAUUUGUAUGGAAUAUUAUGUAAUUAGUGUUGAGUAUUUCAAAUA